CCGGGUUAGGCCACGCCCCCCACUUCCUACCUGAGAGCGGUGGUGAAAAAGUCCCAAACUUCCUCCUGUGGACUGAAACUGGAGACAAAGAUGAGUCUGCCGGACUGUAAAUCACCCGGGAAACAGUCUGCACCCGCGAACCCACACUCCCCUGUGGUGCAGCUGAACGUGGGCGGUCACCUGUUCAGCACCUCGCUGAGCGCCCUGAGGAAGCACCCCGACUCCAGGCUGGCCGAGCUGUUCAGCGGUCAGCCCAAGCUGCGCGCGGACGCAGAGGGGCGCUACUUCCUCGACCGCGACGGCUCGCACUUCGGAGCCGUCCUGGAGUUCCUGAGGUCGGAGAGUCUGCCCACGGAGAGCGUCCGGGAGGUUCACAGGGAGGCGGUGUAUUACAACAUCAAGCCGCUCAUCAAACAUUUGGAGGAAACUCCUCAGAUGUUUGGAGAGCUGGUGGGAAGACAGCAGUUCCUCUCCCGCGUUCCCCACUACAGAGAAAACAUCGAGGUGCUGAUCCGCGUCGCCCGAGCCGAGGCCAUCGCCGCCCGCCACUCCACCAUCAUGAUCUGCGUGCUGAGGACGGAGGAGGACCUGGGAUCCUACGAAGACGCCAUCAACAGCCUGGAGGCGGACAAGGAGUCGGUGGUGACGUUCGGGCCCUGGAAGGCCGCCGUCUCCGUCAAAGACUUGCUGGACUGCGUGAAGAUGGACAUCGGGAGUCAGGGCUACGAGGUGAGCGUCCAGCCUCACGUCAUGGAGAAGAGCUUCCUGUCCAAGAGCUACGACUACUUCUACAAACUCAUAUUCACCUGGUGGUGACGGUGGAAGUGGGAGCUGCAGGUGGAGGACCGAAACGGACAAAAUUAGAAAAAUUAAUGAAGAGACAAAUGGUGCAAAUAAAUCAACUGAUAUUUCAUUUAAAUGCACAAAAACAUAAUACCAAUAAAUGUAGGCAUGUAUAGUCUGAGCAAUCAAUAGGUAAACAUCUAACCCAAUGACACACUUUGAUUGACAGCCCUCUCAUUUGCAUAAUGUAGCAGAAAUCCAUAAAAAAGAUGAAAAAAGAAUAUACUGAAAUAAAAAUAAAUGGGAGGGGGGGCAUGGUAAAACAAAAAAAACUAAUAAAAAAAUUGUAAAUUAAUUGAUUAUUUUAAUAAAUUGGAAAAUUAAAUGAAAAGUAAAUAAAUAGGAGAAAUCAUAUUGAUGUAUCAUUUAUUAAUUCCUACAUUUAUUUAAAAAUAUUGUUUUUUGUGCAAAGACAAAGACCUGAACCUAGACGAAUUAAUUUUAGGUGCCUUUAAAUAACUGACUUAAUAAAUAUUGUUUCAUUUUUCUGUGUAGUGUUGCUGAAAUCAUGUUUUACUGCUGCUAAACUGUAAUAAAGUAUAAAAUACUGACACUGUCACUGACACAGUUCAGAAGGAGGUUUGUUUAGUCACGUGUGUUUUGAGUGCCUUUGAGCAAGGCAGCUGCUGCAGUGGAGGUAACGGGCAGCUGAGGAAACGUCGUUUGCCCCAUCAGGACACUGAAAAACAGAAAGGUUUCAUCAGUAAAAAUGAUUCAUUAUCUUUCAGUUUUUCCCCCUAGUGAAGGAUAAAAUCCAGGGUGAGCUGUUUAGAAACGAUAGAGAUUAUUGAUUAGUGUAAAUGAAUGAAUGAAGAUAUGAACUACUAUUAAAUAUAAUUUGUGUGUA